CAGGCUUUAGAAGACGUACACCCCUUACGUCAAUCCUACAACGGCAGAGGUAUGUGCAGGGACCAUGGCACCGGAAGCAUCCAUGAUGGUGCCAGGUCUCUAUUCGGUCCAACUCGACAUUGCGGCCGUGCUAUUGCCAGCACUGCACGGCAGACUCCACCUUGAAAACCACACCCAAAGCACAGUCAAAGCAUUCCACGUCGUGGGCCCCAGCUUUGAAGCCCCCAGAUUCUCGUCAAGAGCCCACGUACCCGGCCACCCGUGCCCCAGCCCCUUCGCGCGGUAUCCUUCUACUACAUCGCUCCAUCCCCCACACGUCCAUGCACUCCUAAUAACAUUCCCGCCAUUCGAGAACCCGCUCACGUACACACGUGCCGUGUCGACGCACAGCGUGGCCUCCCACUCGUCCAGCAAGUCCGCGACAAACAGGCAGUCGUCCACAACGGACGAGUUCGGCGCCCCCGGAUCCCCGAGCCAGACGUUCCGCCUUCGGGGCAGACCGCGAUGUAGCCGGGAUUGAUGUCUGAGUCUUAGAAGUCGGUGACGUGUUGCAUGCUAUC